AUGAUGUGUCAAAACUCAAUAAAUUUUAGUGGAUUUAUUGCUCAAACUGGUGAUCCCACUGGCGAAGGAUCUGGUGGUGAAUCCGUGUGGGGGCUUCUUGAAGGCCCUGAAAAACGGUUCUUCUCCGGCGAAAAGAUGCCCAAAAUACGUCACACUGACGCUGGUUUAAUAGCAAUGGUGUGCACAGGAGAUAUGAUGGUUGGUUCGCAAUUUUAUUUCACGCUAGCUGCUGAUUUAGAUUCAUUAGACGGGGUGCACUGUGUCAUUGGUGAAGUGACUGAAGGUCGUGAAAUUUUAAGCAAACUUAAUGAGGUCAUUUGUGACGAAACUCAUCGACCUUAUCAGGAUGUUAGAAUCACUCAUACUGUUAUACUCGAUGAUCCAUUUAAUGAUCCCCCUGGACUCAUUCCACCCUCUAGAUCUCCUUCACCAAGUGCUGAACGCUUACAAGGUGGCAGAAUUGCCCCUGAUGAAGAAAUAGAUGAAACACAAGGGAAAACAGCUGAUGAAAUACAAGAAAUGGUUGAAGAAAAAGAGGCAAAAGCUCGUGCCACCAUACUUGAAAUUGUUGGAGACUUACCAGAUGCGGAUAUUGCUCCACCUGAAAAUGUUUUGUUUGUUUGUAAGCUUAAUCCUGUAACAACUGAUGAAGACCUAGAAAUUAUAUUCAGCCGAUUUGGCACAAUUGAGCAGAAGCAGGUCAAGAACAAACAACCACAAAAUAUUAUCAUCAAGGAGAGAAAGGAGCUCCCAUUA